AUGAAACUCGACAGCGACGGCUCUGGGUCCAUCGAUCGCGAGGAGUUCUUGCAAAUACCGCAGAUUGCGACCAACCCGCUCGCCUCUCGGAUGAUCGCCAUCUUCGACCAGGAUGGAGGAGGCACGGUCGACUUCCAGGAAUUCGUUGGAGGCUUGAGCGCGUUCAGUAGCCGUGGUGGGAGAGAGGAAAAGCUGAAAUUUGCAUUCAAUGUUUACGAUGUCGAUCGUGACGGCUAUAUUUCAAACGGAGAGCUCUUCCUCGUCUUGAAGAUGAUGGUUGGCAACAAUUUGAAGGAUCAACAACUGCAACAAAUUGUCGAUAAGACGAUCAUGGAGGCUGACCAAGAUGGCGAUGGCAAGCUUAGCUUCGAGGAGUUCGCCCAAACGGUGGCCAACACAGAUAUUGUGAAACAAAUGACGCUCGAAGACCUAUUCUAA